CAAAAUGCCCGAUUCAUCUCGAACGCUCGGCGAUAUCGACGAGAUCGAUAGUGGCGAGCUACGGACACAGCUUAAGAACUGGAUCGAAGAAGAAGGCAUUGAGACGAACAUUCAGCUGCAGAUGAAGAAAAAUUUAAUUGAGAAAAUGAGCCGUACUGCGCUAGGCAAGAAAAUCGCUCUUAAGCUACAAACACAGCAAGGAAUCGUACUUUCCCCGCUAGUCCUCGUUCUUAACACACUCGUCGCCGAGUUUCUCUACACGCAAAACUGCCACUUUUCACUGUCCAUUUUUACCAAUGAGGUCCCGUUCAAAAACACCCUGCCCGAUUUUACACGAUCCUCCAAGUUUCGGCUAAGUCGGGCAGAGUUGGGCGAAAUUUUUGAGGCGCUCGGUAUCGAGCACUACGAUGGGUUGGUACAAAAGUACGAAAAGUUUGGAACCGACCAUGGCAGUCGUUCGCUUCUGUACAUCGUGUUUAAGACCAUUCUAUCGGCUGUAAAGACGCAGGAAGUUAAGCUGCGCCAUCUACAGCGUUUGGAUAAGCGGAAAGCAUCGGCACACGCUAUGUUUAAGCAGCUCGAAGUGGAAAAGCUGCAUCGAAAUGUGGGUAAGUUACUACACCGGGUAAAAGCCGUUGGGAAAGCGAUUGUGGAAUUGGAAAAGUGUCAGCCACCGGUAAAUGAAACUGCUGCAAAAGAUCCACAGCAACAGACCAAUAUGGAGGAGCUUACAAAGCCCGAAGAUGAUCAUUCGGCCCGUUCGUUGCGUGUUUUUUCGGAGAAUGUUUCCAAACUGGUGGAACGCUUAGAAUCGUGUACGAAAAUGUUCGAACAGUUAAUCGAAACGGCACGCCAACAACACGUGGCAGAGGAUAAAAUGGCGCCAAAUGAAGCAGAACCGGCGGAAAUAGGCGAAAAGCUCCAAAGUAAGCAGAAAGAGAAACGAAAAACUUACACCGACUUUCUGCAUGAGCUGAAAACGACCGAAUAUGGUCAAAAGUAUGUUGCAAAACUACAGAAACAAGUGACCAAAUUGCUGGAGAAAGAAAAACAGCAACUGGAAGCGAAAUAUGGUAAAGAGCUACGGAAGCUUGAAUUGCAACAUCAAGAAAGGUUCGAAAAAGCCAUGCUUACAAAACAAACUGUCACUUCCGCGCCAUUACCUCCACCACAAUCUGACCCAAGCACCGUUUCCGUGCUUCAGCACAUUGAUUCAAGAAGCGAGGAAAGCCAACACUUUAUGCGUAAAAUAGACGAAAAGCUAGAUCAGCUGUACCGUCAGGAACGGAACGUGGACGAUAAACUGGCCACGCUUCGAAACGAUUUACAGCGUCAGGAGCAAAGGCAGAGCCGUUACUUCGAGUCGCUAAAGGCAGCCAAAACGAAGGAAAGCAAACUGCAGGUGCUGCACAACGUGGAGAAGGAACUGAUGGCAACGUUCGAGGAUGAAACGAAUGCCAUCAUCCAGAACGCAAAGCAAACGAUUGAACAGCUCGAGAAAGAGAGCGAUAAGAUCAAUCAUUCAUUUCAGCAAUAUUUGCGAAAGCAGCGUGAGGAUAAACGUAAACUUAUCGAUGAAAAAGUACAAAUAUGGACACGGUACAAUGAUGAAAAAUUGGAACUAAACCAAAGAGAGCUCUUGAAUGGACUGGUCGAGAGUCAGAAUGAUAUCGAACCGCCGGUACCGAUCGUUAAAGAAAUUAAUGUACCGAUCCAAUCAUCCGAGAGGGAAUCUGCUUUUGAGAAUCCUUUCCGUACGUUCGAUCCACUCAAGUAUUUGAAACGGUCACGCCCAAUUGAAAGCCAUACGGUCGAUGUUGGCACCGGUACAACAUCCAACACGGGUAUUCAAACUUCACAGGAGAAUGAACCGAUUCAGGAAGAAGUAGAACCAAAGGAAAGACCGAUUCCAGUACCACGAACAAAUGGUAAUGCACAACUUACGGAUGUGUUAGCGAAAGAUACACGCGAACUGCGUAAGAGUAUCGAAGAAAACCUACAAAAAUUGGACCAAAUGAGUCGAACGUACGCAAAAUCUAACAGCUCAUCGGACAAGCGUACGUUUGAUAUUGUGCCUCAAAAUGCGAAUAACCCUGCAAUCCGACAGUCUACCCUCCCGAUGGUUGAACCAACAUCGAACAGAAGUUUAGACGAUUGUUCCAGUACCGAGUUGGGUUUAUCCGAUGGUGAAAUUGUUUUCCCACCAGUACCGACACAAACCGCUCCUCAAACGCCGCAAAUUGAGCUGACCACUUCACAGAAGCAGGAACAUCCACCAAAAAUAGCAAACCCAGCUCAAACGAUGACAGCAAGCUAUAGCGAUUUAUCAAUGAGUAGUAUUAGUGGAGUAAGCAAACUGUCUUACGAGAAGAGCCAAAGUUUCGACGGUGAGCUGGAUCGCAUUUCUACCGGCGUCCGUUCGAAUGCAUCACAAAACAGCUGGUCGUAA